AAAAUUAAACAAACAUAAAAAAAUUGAACCAAAACCCUAACGUAUUACUAUUAGCUUCACUCAACAACAAUCAUCUCCUCCAUUUGUUUUCUAAGCGCCGCACUCGCUGCUGCUUCUACUGCAUCUCCAUCCUUCUCUAUUUUUUCCUUCUUUUUCGCAUAACAAAGCUCAGCCGGUUUACGAAAACCGCCACCGGUUCUGUAGCUCGUCCGGUUUUGGACGAUUAGAUCCGGUUUUUUUACGAUUUCGGCGUUCUACCUAUCUAAAACCCUAGCCACGUUUCCAUUCUCACCGUCAUAUUCGGUUGGUUUUCCGUCUCUGCGUUUUCUCUGUUUUUUGGGAGCAUGGGACAGUUGCUUCCAAAUGCAAACGAAGAAUUACGUACAAUGGAGGAGGAUGUUGAAAUCAGUGAUUUGCAGUUAAUAUAUCACGUUAGAGAGGCUCUUCUUGAAGUAUCGGAUGGUAGAGAGAACUAUGAUGAGCUUGUUGGGUGUUUGCAACCAAAAAGGAAUCUUAAUUCUCAUGAAGCUGCUCAACUUGUGACAAUUUUGAAAGCGCUUGCUGGAGUAGUGUCCUACAUAGACUCUGUCCAUCAUGGAGCUCUUAUUUUCGCUCUUGAGAGAAUGAGCUUGUGGAAUUUGGCUACAACAUAUAAGAAUUAUGAUGCGACUGAUAUCAUGGAUGCUUUGAUUGAGCUCCUCGUUUCAUUGGCUGCUUCGAAGGGAAUCUAUAUUGAUUGGUGUUUGGAGAGGCUUGUGAGGCAUUUUACUGCUCCUAAACAUGUCAUUGAUUUUCUGAAAAAUGAAAAUGGAGCUGAUAGAAAGAAUAAGGUUCUGUCCCGGGUGCAUGAUGCUCUGAAACAAAUAGCUGAUUUGGUGCCCCUUGCUCCCAUGCGAUUAUCAUCAAUCGUUGUCCAGAAUAUACCGAAACGUUACGAUGUGACGGAGCAUGAGAUUGUCAUGUAUGUUGAAAAUAUGUUAAAGCUUGAGAGUGGUGCAAUUGGAGAAAUUGUCGGUAGUACCAUGCUACCCGCACUUGUGGAUAAAUUGAUAGAGUUGGAUGUGGAAAUUGGAUUGGAUGGCAACAUGCAUGCGGAUGCCAAAUGCAUAUUUGAAAUGGAGUUAGAAGAUAUUGUUAAGUUUGCAGAUGAUGAUGAGAAUUAUGAUAGUAUGUGUGCCUCAGAGCUGUUAAAUAGGAAAAAAUUGCAAGGCAAUAAGGUUGUGGAGAAAUUAGAUAGCCUAAUUGUGCUGACUUUUUUGCAUCUUGAAUCCUGUCAAAGUAGUGGCCGAUUGUCUGAGGUAUUUGAUAUAUUAUUGAUGUCAUUUAAGAGAACUGUGCUGAAUACAUACAAGUCCAAAUUUACCCAGUUUGUGAUGUUCUAUGCAUGUGCAUUGGAUCCUGAACUAUGUGGUGUGAAAUUGGCUAUUGUUCUCAGAGAUAUGUUUGAAUCACCUGUUAAUCCCCCUAUUACUAGGAUGAGUGCUGUUGCUUAUCUUGCUAGCUAUUUAUCUCGUGCAAAGUUUCUUUCAUCUGCGUUGGUUGCUGACAUCAUACAAAGAUUGGUAGAUUGGUGUUUUUCAUACUGCAAGAUACAUGAUUUAGAUAUGAACCCGCAAGCUCACCAAGUGUUUUAUUCUGGGUGUCAGGCUAUCAUGUACAUUUUAUGCUUUCGCAUGAAAUCAUUGGUGGACGUGCCUAGGCUUAGAAUGCAGCUUAUCAAAAUGCCAAUGUUGUUACUCUGGAAACAUAAAUUGAAUCCCUUGAAGGUGUGUUUGCCUAGUGUAGUAGAAGAAUUUCUUAAACAGGCAAAGGCUGCUCGGCUUUUCAUGUCAGCCGAGUUAUUUGUUUUUGAGGAUUUGCUAGAGGCUGAUCUUUCCAAGGCUUUUGGUGGGAUGGAUAGACUCGACAUGUUCUUCCCAUUUGAUCCAUGUUUGUUGAAGAAAAGUGAAAGCUACCUAAGACCACACUUUGUCCGCUGGUCAAGAGUCAGAACUACAUAUGGCGAUGAGGAAGAGAGUGAUUCUGGAAGUGAAGCAUCAGACGACGAUUUUGUUGACUUAAAUGCAAAGGAUAUGAUUGAUGAUGAUGAUAUGAUAGGUAGUGUUGGAGCAGGUCUUGAUUUUGACCCCGACUUGAACAAAAUGUCGAUCACUCCCAAAUCGUUCAAAUUCGGGUUUAAAGAACAGAUGGAGCGGGGUCACGAGAAUGGUAUCGAAAGUUAGACUAUCUGCUAGUUUGCCGUCUUGUGAUUCAUGUUAAAUAUUCGUUUAAGCUUGUAGUCAAAGCCUGUCAGUUUUGCAAAAUUUUAGGCCAGCCUACUAACACAAUGGUGUCUUAGAAACUGAAACUGAGCACACUAUAAAAAUUGUCUUAUUUUUAAUAUAAUAUACAUUUUGUUAGUUUGAGUUAAA